GGGCACCGAGUCAACUGGCGGAACAGCAGGCACCGAGUCGCCUGGCAAGACUGCGGGCACCGAGUCGCUGGCAAGACUGCGGGCACCGAGUCGUCUGGCAAGACUGCGGGCACCGAGUCGUCUGGCAAGACUGCGGGCACCGAGUCGUCUGGCAAGACUGCGGGCAUCGAGUCGUCUGGCAAGACUGCGGGCAUCGAGUCAUCUGGCAAGACAGUGGGCUCCGAGUCAACAGGCACGACAGUGGGCACCGGGUCAUCAGGUAUCGGAUUGUCUGGCUCGACAGCGGGCAUCAGGUCACCAGGCAUCAGGUCAUUUGGCUUGCCAGCGGGCACCGCGUCAUCUGGCAAGGCAGUGGGCACCGGGUCACCAGGUAUGACAGCGGGCUCUGAGUCAAUUGGCACGACAGCGGGCACUGGAUCAGGUACCGGAUCAUCUGGAUCAUCAACAGCGGGCAUCGAGUCAACUGGC